AUGGAAACGGCCGAGCAACGCGAGUUGCGCCGAGUGGCCUUCUUCGCAGUCGUUGUCUCGACAGCAGCCGCUAUUGCAGCAAUCAUCACUCUUCCGAUGCUCUACACUUAUAUCGCAAAUUUUCAGUCUCAUCUCAUCAUUGAAACCGAUUUCUGCAAGACUCGAUCUCGGGAUAUGUGGGCUGAGAUGCGUCAAAUUGACACUCCCGUUCGACAAAAGAGACAAUACGGUGGAUCGGCUCCAGGUGGCGGCUACGGAGCUUCACCGGUUGUCAACAGCGAACCAGCGCCCACUUGCUGUGGAUGUCAGCAAGGACCCGCUGGACCACCUGGACCACCUGGUGAUGAUGGAAAUGCGGGAGAUGAUGGACUUGCCGGCAAAGAUGCUGACAACGGAAGAGAUGGACAGAUUUUAACAAACGCUGUGCCGUCCGAACCGUGCAUAAUCUGCCCUCCAGGCCCGCCUGGACCCCAGGGUAUGUCCGGAUCGAAGGGACCGAAAGGACCAAAGGGAAAAGAUGGUGAAAAGGGACCUGAUGGAAAGCCUGGAUCGAUGGGAAUGUCCGGAAAUCCGGGCAUGAUGGGACCACCAGGAAGACCUGGAGUUCAAGGACCAAAGGGCGGACCAGGAAGAGUCAUUCAGAUCAACGGACCCCCAGGGCCAAUGGGAAAUCGCGGAAUGCCGGGGCCACCAGGAGCUCGCGGAGAAGCUGGCACAGACGGAGAUUCAUCCGACGGCCCACCUGGGCCCCCAGGCGCUCCAGGACCUGCUGGGCCAGCCGGACAGAAAGGAGAACCCGGUCCACAAGGUCCAUCCGGAUCCACUGGAGAGAGCGGUGGAUGCGAGCAUUGCCCUCCACCACGAACACCACCUGGUUAU